CUGGUCACUUCAUGAUAAGUACAAUUCGAGGGCAGCUGCUUUAUUUAGGGAUAAGGUAUCAACUGAAGCAGAAGGGAAGGAAUGGUCAGUAGCAACAUCGUCAGCGCGAAAUUAUGUCCCUUCUACGUUGAAUGCUGGAAAUAGACUAGGUGGUGAUAUUUCGCGGCACGCUUCAGGAACAAGUCUAGGAUCAUAUUACGGAGGCAACAAUGCAGCAUAUUCUGAUGGAGUUGGAUAUAGUGCGGGUGGCGCUGCUCAAAGUGACGACCGUUAUCGAGGAUUUGGGAAUACAGUCGAUCCUCCCAGCAACCAAGAUGAUCUCUUAAGUGGCGCCAUGUCUUCUCUUUCAGUGGGCUGGAAUCUUAUCUCGAAGGGAGCCUCACAAGCUGCAGCUAUUGCCAAGGAUGUUAGUAUUCAAGCUACUCAAAAGGCAAGCGAACUCUCGGCCCAAAACAGUGGUCUUCUCUCUGGGGUUGCAAGCAAAGCGACGGAGAUUGGGCAGAAAUCGUGGGGAGAGGUUAUGAAGACAUGGCCUCACCCACAGACGAAUCUUCUAGCGCCACUUUUAAUGGCCAAGCAAACUACGAUAGUGGAGGGUGAGGAAUUGCGUGUUCAUAUCGAUAUUGGUCUAAUAGUGAAUGGAGACCUGUUCAGAUUCAAUACUGUCGAAAAGCCAUCAGGACAAGCUGGUGAUGCCUUCUUCUCCCUAGCAGAGACCGGUGUUGAGAAGAAGAAACAAGCAGCCGAGAAAAAGAAAAUGUCUAGAACGCCCGCAACAAGUCCCGCAGCGCAGUCCCAAGUAGCAGAAGACGAGGACCUUUCUAAUUCAACCAUAACUCAAUUCGAAGCAUCAUUCAACAAACCACGGCGUCCACCACCUGCAAAGACAACAACUAUGAAAAAAGCAGAAAGUCAGUCCUCAAACAAAGCAUGGGACGACGACGCUUGGGCUAUCCUAAAUAACUAA